AUUUAUUCAGAAUAAAAUGCUCGAAAGUGGACUUCCUAGCCACACCUACAAGUUCUCAUCAGGUGUGUUGAACGAUAACUGGUAUGAACAGAGAAUAGCUCCAGAACAGAAGUUACAGAGCAAACCUGAUGAGAAAUUAAUGAGAAAUGUCGAGCCAGAUAUCAACAUGCUUGGUGCCAAUGGUGUCCCAGCUCCUCUAAAGAGGAUCAAGAGGAACUAUCCUUGGAAUACCAAAGAUAUUAUUCCCAAUGAUGGCUUCAAGGAGAUGAAAUCUAUUAAUAAAACCGAGCUUGUGCAUCCAGAUAAGGUCAAAGUUGAAGAAAAGAAGAAAUUAAGAAUGAUCAAUAAGUAUAACAUAGCAGAGCUUUCUCUAGUGGAUAGGCCGAUAUCAGGUCCAGAAAGAGGCUUUGGAGCUACAAUUAAACGUUUUGAUAAGGAUCAUGAUAAGCCUUACUUCAAUACAACCAAUAUGGAGUUCUACGGUGAGCCAAAGAAAUUUAGUGCAGCAGAAACAACAGUUAAUUUUAACCAUACUGAAGGAGAUAAUGCCGGAGAAAGGAAUUAUGAAACAAAGAGUGGAAUCAAGAAGUUGACUGGUCUCACUGGAGAAGUAUAUAAUACCUCUGCUGAUCCUCAGGAGCAUACAGAGAUUCAGAGAACAUGGAUAUACAAGAAGGAUAAUGCUAUUGAAGCUACAAAGAACGGGCUUGCUGGUACCGAUCAGACAAAACCAUAUGAUAAUGCUAAUUCAUUGUGUCUAGGCAAAGGAGAGCAUUAUUAUCAUAAAAAAUCCACAGAUGCAGGAGCUUAUAGACAUGUGAGGUCAGAUAUUACCAGAACAAUUGACGCUCCUGCGUUAUACAGAGUUUAGGCCAUAGCAAGUUACCUUAUUUAUCGAUAUUUCAAAA